AUGAAGAAUCUUACUGCUCAAAAUAUUUUAUUCACAGACUUCAAACUGAAUGGUUUCUACAGUCUCGGAGAAUGGAGGCCUUUUUUAUUUAUCCCCUUCUUUCUAAUGUUUUUAUUGUCUAUCACUGCAAAUUCUAUUCUCAUAUAUUUAAUCAUAUGUCAAAAGUCUCUGCAUUCUCCCAUGUAUGUACUAAUAGGUUUAAUGGCUGUUGUAGACUUAAUCUUACCUAUAUUUUUUGUACCUAACAUGCUUGUUAGCUUUUUAUUCAACUGGGGUGGGAUAUCCCUAGUUGGUUGUUUGAUACAAAUGUUUUGCAUUCAUUAUGUUGGCGCAUUUCAGUCUACUUUACUUUUGUGGAUGGCACUGGAUCGUUACUUUGCAAUAUGUAAACCUCUUUACUAUCACAAAUGCAUGGAAAUCCCUAACUUUCUAAAGUUUGUUGUUAUCCCACUAAUCAGAAAUGCACUCCUGAACAUCAGCAUGGUCUCUCUGGCUGGAAAACUGACAUUCUGUGUAACAAAUGUCAUUGAUCACUGUUUUUGUGAACACAUGGCAUUAGUUCAGUUAGCAUGUGGAGAUAUAACUGUUAAUAACUUAGGACUUUUGACUGCUUUCCUGAUACCAACUGCUGAUUGUAUUCUUAUUACUGGUUCCCAUGUUGUGAUUUUUGCCUCUGUGUUUAAAUCUGGUAAGGCCCAAAUGAAGGCCAUAAAUACUUGCAUUACUCACAUCAUUGUCAUGACAAGUAAUUUGAUUUUUGCCCUGAUUGCAUUCAUGUCAUACAGAAUAAGAAAUAUUUUUUUCUACUAA